AUGAACGACAGCGUAUGUGCAUACGACUACUCGGUGGUAGAAGACCUCCAAGGAAAAAACAUCACAGAUGGUGACAGACUAAAAUGGCCGUGUCAGCUGAGGGUUCUCUGGGUAGAUAUUCUCCCGUUUGUAACACUUGUCCGUGGUCUGCUUUCUUACGGGACAUCCAUAGUCAUCAUACUUGGUUUAAUUGCCAACUGUAUAUCCGUAAUUGUGCUGACCCGGAAGCACAUGCGAAAGUCCACGACUAAUCUGUAUCUCUCGGUCUUAGCCGUUUACGACAUGCUUUCACUCACAAUGAACUUUAUGAUCGGAGUUUUGAGGGGUCAAAACUUGGCAGUCAACAAGGAUUUCCAAGAUCAUGAGUCGCUCUGUAAAUUUCAUGGGGUAAUUGUUGAGCUCUUUAACCUUUUAUCAGUCUGGGUGAUCCUGUCAUUCACAGUGGAAAGAUUCAUUAUGAUAAAAUUCCCUCUGAAAGCCAAGGCCUUGACAGUUCGACGGGCAGCACUAGCGAUUACCGGAGUGUCCUCUGCAGUUUUCCUCUUCUCCAUGCACAAAAUCGCCGUUUCCGGUUUCGAAGGAGAUUCUGUGUUCGGGUACAAAGCUUGUAAGACGCGGCGUGCAAUAACUCCGGAAAUCAUAUAUUUUUAUGUAGCAUUCAACACAUGGCUGCCGACUUUUAUCAUUGUUGGUCUUAACGCCUUAAUCAUCUUCGAAAUCCGAAAAAACAGCAUCAAACGGAAGGCAAUGACAACCACAUCGCUAACAAAGAAAGAUGAAAAGGCCACUAAGCUACUGCUUAUUGUAUCAAGCACUUACGUGAUCCUGAUUUUACCUCUAGGUUUGAUUCAGUCGACUGAACUGAUUUGGAAUACAACCGCUAAAGUAAACCCCGGUCAACAAGGCUACAUAGAUUUCCAGUCAACUAAAAUCAAACUUAAAUGGGCCAGGGCAUUUUUCUUUUUCUUCUAUCAGUUUAACUUUGCGAUCAACUUCUUUCUGUAUGUUUCAUCCUCAUCUGCAACAAGAUUUCAAGCAACCCUGCGGAAAUUGUUCGGAAUGAAGGUCAAGGACGAAGAAAUGACAUGGAUGCGCACGCAAGCAACGAAAAGUAAUGCCGUUGCGCCAAGCGCACCGUCUGCAUCUGUAGUUCCUGUUGAAUCCUAG